AUGGAAGAAACCAUGGCAAGGUUGGAACAUUUGGGCAUCAACAAUCAUGAUGUCAAUGAUGUCAAUGAUGUCAACGAUGUCAACGAUGUCAAUGCGAAAGACGAUCGUGACUAUACAGCAUUGCACAAGGCUUGUAGCAAUGGUCAGUUGGAACUCGUCAAGUUACUGAUCGCGAAAGGCGCUGACUUGCAUGCCAAAGGGUAUGAUGGAUCGACUCCAUUGCAUCACGGAUGUCGGAAUGGUCAUUUGGAGGUGGUCAAGGUGCUUCUCGAAAAAGGCGCUGGCGGGGAAGAUCAUACUAAUGAUAAUACCCAAAACAAUACCACGACACCAUUGCAUACCGCGUGUGAUGAGGGGCAUUUGGAAAUUGUCAAAUGGCUGGUCGAGAAACAAGGAACUGCUACUGUCAAUUCGAAGAAUGAAAUGGGAGAAACUCCAUUGAUUAUGGCAUCUUUGGAAGGCCAUUGGGAUAUAGUAAAGUUCCUUCUGGAAAAUGGUGCUAAUGCCGUUAAUGAUACAGCCUCGUAUGGAAUGCCACCAUUGUAUUUGGCUUGUCGUGGAGGCAACGUGGAGAUUGCCAAGUUGCUGCUUGAAAAUGGUGCCAACGUCAAUCACAAAGACAAAGGUGGUGGAUUUGGUGGUGGAACACCCUUAGACUUCGCAUGUCAACAGGGUCAUUUGGCUGUAGCCCAGUUGCUGGUCGAGAAGGGUGCCGAAAUAAAUACUACAGAUGAUUGUGAAUCGACACCAUUGCACGCGGCAUGCUCCGAGGGUCAUUUAGAAUUAGUCAUGUUGCUUGUAACAAAAGGGGCUGACCUUCAUGCCAAAAACGAUACCGGAAGGACACCAUUGCACCAGGCGUGUGAGAAAGCGGCAUUGCAUAGACGAAAUUAUAACGAGAUCAAAGAAGAUCAUUUGGAGAUGAUCAAGCUGCUUGUCGACAAUGGUGCUGACGUUCAUGCCAAGGACGAGAAUGGCAAUGAACCUGCCGAUCUGUUUAAAUCCGACGACGGUUCAGACGAGGACUUGGGACCACAGAUUCUACAAAGUCUGUUAAAGUCGUUGGAAUGA